UUUGCCUGUUGCCAUGGAAAUGACUGGGUUCAGGAUGUUACAGUUGGUGCACAUAGUUAAUAGCAUCCUAGUCCUAAUGACUAUCUAUCCUUUAUGUGCAUCAAUGUCAAGUAAGAUACUGAAAUCCUCCACGGAGCUGCUGGAGAAAGAGUCAAAGAGGAUGGAGAAGGAAGGAUUGCGUUGUGCCCUGACCACUUUAUCAUUGAAAACCAUCGAUCAUAAUAGACUUAUAGGAAAGUGUGACAAAAUGAUCCCAUGUCUGAUAAAAUAUUUGGAAGACAAAACAUCUGACAGAUGGGCGUGGUGCGUCCUGGCGCAAUGCUACAAACAGCAGCGGUCUGCCUCAUCGCUUAUCAACAACAGUUUUAAGCAGGCGAGCAAACUUCACGGACGAUUUUCCGAGUUCGUUCAACAGUGGCAUUUCAUUGGUCCGUUCGGAGUAGGUAAAAUGGAACUGGAUGGCGAUCCUUUAGAAUUCUAUGGAGGAAUACAAGAAGUUGCAAAAAGGAAAUACAAGAAGGGAGAGAAAUUUUAUUCCGAGUUAGUUCCGAAUGCAAAGGUCAAAUGGACGGUACUCAAACAGAGAGCCAAGAAUGAAAACGUACAGAUUAGUCCUGAAGGAGUGCAGUGGAAUGAUUUGGUGAAUUCCAUCGGUUCGUUAGCGAUUUACGAAUGGCAGGGGUGGGCAGUCGGUGAGUUUGCCGUAAACGAGAACAAUUUGAAUUUAGUCUUCCAGUGCCUUGGCGUGCACACAUUUUACAUCGAUAGUCGACCGGUCACGGGCGAUGUGUAUCGCCGUGAAGUGUAUUGGUACUCUGUCUCUCUCACGAAAGGUAUUCAUACAAUUUAUGUGAAGCUUCGGACCAAAGUUCAAAUUGCAUUCCAGUGUGUCAUCGAGCAAGCAGCAAAUGAAUUCAAUAUACCAAAUCAGUUCCUCGUCCCUGAUCUAGUCGAUGGGCAUUUAUUCAGUGAUGUCCUUUCGUUGCAAAUAGUCAACCUAUCGCCGGAAAAAUGGUUGUCGAUGAUUAGAGUGUCCGUGUUGAGCCAAUCUCAAGGAAAUGACAUUGAGGCACAACUUUUAGAUGAUGCGAAGUAUUUUUCAAUAGCCCCUGGACAAGUUAGACCAAUCUCUAUUCGACUCUUAUCAAAUGUGGACAAGAUUAUCAACCCCUGUUCAGAUAUUCAGCUAAAACUAAACCUGGUUACAUCUUUGGGACAGAAACUGAUUUCAGUGACCCUCCGUUGUCGUACUCUAGACCAGUCGUUUAUUUUCACGUUUGUUGAUCACGACGGAUCAGUCCAGCACGCCGCGGCGAUUCACCCGACAUCCGACUGUGAUAGCGACAUCUGUCCAACACUUCUCACAUUACACGGAACGAGCGUCCCAGCUCAGAAUCAAGCAGACAGUUACAAGUACAUGAAGGAUGGCAACUAUGUGUUUGGUCUUGAUGGAAUUUGGACGCUGGCCCCAACAAGGCAUGGGGCACACAACUGGGAGGGUCCAGGUGCUCUGACUGCCAUGACUGCCCUUGAAAAGUUAGCUGCAUUAACCAACAGUCUUUCAUGGAUCAAACAGAAGGCGUCUGCUCAGCAUGUUAUAUUUGCAGGACAUUCAAUGGGAGGACAUGGGGCUUGGCACCUCGGAACACACUUUCCAGAUAGAGCUCUAGGAUUGAUAUCGUUGGCUGGGUGGAUCAAGAAAGAGGAAUAUGGAGACAGCAAUCUAUUUUUCAUGCAUGAUAUAGCCACGAGCCACACCGACCCAGCCGUGAAGACCAUCCUGGAGGCUUGUAUUACAGAAAACGAUGCGGACAGACAUGUCUCAAACAUACAGGAUGUUCCAGUGUUAUUAAGAAUAGGAGCAAAGGACAGGACCGUCCAUCCCUACUUUGUUCGCCGUAUGUACCGCAUACUGAAUGAAUACAAAGUGAAUGUCACCUACACUGAGCUGGCAGGGAAAGAGCAUUGGUGGUGGGACACGUGGCAGACGAACGACGGUGGUGCCGUAAAUGACCCAAAGUUGCGAGACUUUACCCUCGGCGUUGUCAGACUUCAUCGCGAGCAUCAGAAACUUGAUACUGAGUCUAAAUAUUCAAAGGCAGCAAAUGAGGACAAGUCUUUCACUUUAUCUGUGAUCAAUCCAGCAUUUGGUGGCAGUCUGAAUGGACUGAAGAUACUGCAGCAGACAACACCCUUUCGGAUUAGUACGAUCAAGGGUGUUCUGAGGGUUCAUGACGCUUCUUUGGAAACAGCGAAUGUUGCCAGAUUUUCUAUUGGAGGUUCGUCUGUUCGACCAUUGUCAUGGAAACAGCUCAAACUUACGAUUGAUGGUCAAGAUAUUGAAUGGCACGAGUCAGAUGGUACUGACGAAUUCUGUUUGAAGUCGGGAAAAUGGACGCUCUGUAUUCUUGAUGAUUUGAAACAUGAGAGAGGCCCUUCAAAUCUAGGACCAGCGAGACGAGUUGCUGAACAACCAUUUCUGAUCGUAAUAGGCACUAAAGGGAGUGAGAUGAAGACGGCGAUCUUUGAGUCUGCUUUAUACAUCGCAAACCUAUUUCAUCUGACGUCUGAUGCGCUGGCACCUAUCGUCAAGGAUACUGAUAUCACUGAGGAUAUCAAAGCAAAGUAUAACUUGAUAUUACUAGGAGGUCCAGAAGAAAAUCACUGGUCAGCUGAAUACAUCUCCAAAGUUCCGAUCAGCAUCAAGAAAGGAUUUCAGCUUGGGAGCUGCUCCUUCUCCGAUCAGCGUUCGGGUGCUAUGUUCUUGGCCCCAAACGGGCAAACCAACCUCGCCAUGGUCUUGAUGGGUUUAUCAGUUCAAGGCUUCAGAGACGUCGUCACCCUUGCUUCUCCGACUAUACCACCAAUGACUAGGUCACCAUUUUCUAACUUGAUCCCCGACUUUGCCAUCACUGGUCCCGAGUUCAAGGCAAAAGGACCUGGAGGAUAUAGCUGUGUUGGAUUCUGGGGUAACCGAUGGGAACUGCGGCCAGACCUCAUUUCGUGUGUGUGCUAGUGUGGAAAUUUUACAAAAGUGCCAACAUCAGGACAUUCCAGGAAAAUUGCAUUUGAUGCAAGAUACCUAAACUGAUGGGUAAUUGCAUUUGAAGUGCAUUUAACUUUGUCUGUAUUAACCGUACUCAACUGUGACUAGGACAGUCCACUGUGUAAUCAUCUGUCUGUUACAUUUGUGAAUCAUUAGCAUAUGUAUUUUGAAACAAAAUGCUUUUCUAAACU